CGUACCACCUAGCAAGUAUUUCUUCACAAACACCAAAGUCGUCUUCGUUCCUUAUCAACUCGCCAAUUAUGCAGCCUCCCAGAAGAAAAUGUGCGUGCCUGUUUCUCCUCCUCGUCUCUGCUUUUCCCUCGUCGGCGGUUUCGGAUGCUGCAUUUGCGAGCCGGCGUAACGGCGACGACCGUCACGUGACUCUCUCCGUGGCGGCGAAAGCGAAGUGGGUCCAUCCGGCUUUCGAGCGACACACCACGCAUCAGUGUCCUGUGGUUUCAUCCGGCCGUCGUGCACCAGCAUCAGCCAAAAACUUCUUGACCUGCGAGUACGUACCGUUGAAAACAAACGGAAGCAAGAAACUACCCGAUCUAUCGUCGCCUGCUUCGAAUAAAACGGCUUUCUUCGGGGAACUAGCAACCCGGGAUAUCCUGAUCUUCAGUUGCGGGGACGCGUUCGAUGUAUCUGAGUACCAAGAAUACGUCGCUCAAAAGGAGAAAGAUGAGAAAAAGGAACCGCAACUCUGGGCAGUUGCCCAUCGAGAGAAUUCUAUGCGGCCGAACAACCUGCUGGAGAAGUUUUUUGCACCGCCGGAAAAAUUCAAGCGCGUUGUCUCCAUUUUCAGCGACCCGCGAGCGACCGUCUUGUGGAGCGACCUGUACUUCUUGCCGCGCCCAAAAAAUCCCGCGAAGCAGAAAAUGGUAGAACUGCAAUUAGCGCAUUCUGUUGGUGGUCAUGCUAGUACAUCAACAUCAUCACAGGAGGAGUUGUUGUCAGAGAUGUUGACUACGACCACUACGAGAGACUACGUUCCCUUGCCGAGCUUCUUGACUUUCCUGGACACUCCGACGUACGAAGAAAUAGAGCAAAGACUCGCACGACAAAAGGAAGCCAAAUUGCAAGCUGCAGGGGAGGACCACCACGACGACCAGGAUCACCAGCAAGAACUCCCCGUGCUCUACAUCUCUCGCAAGUUCGGGAUGUCUUCGAACCGGGACUACUGGGCCCGCGGUCUGCAAAAACAGAAGCGUCUGCACUCGCGGGGAGAGUGUUUUUUGCGGAGCGAAAAAGACUACAUGGACCCCGUCAUCCGGCGGAAAAACUCGCUGAAAAUGGACUGGCUCGAGCGCUACAGAGAUCCAAGGUACUACAAACAAGUCGACGUGAGUGGCCGGAGCCUGGUGGCGGAAGAUGCUGAUAAUGAUCUUCAAGAGUUUGCUCUUUCUGAUGCUUCUUCAGCCAGCAGUACAACCACAUUUUCUUCCAGCAAAAAAAACGCAACGACCACCGCAUUCCGCGCUCCGCUCUACAAAUUCUACCUCUCCGGCCACAACACGAAUUGCCGCCACUAUGCGGACGAGAAACUGGUGAAGCCGUUUUUUCACGGGUUGGUACCUGUGGUCGUUGGUGUAAGCAGGGAAGAUUUGGUACUUGUCACGCCCCAAAACAGCUUUAUUCACGUGGACGAUUUCGAAAACGUGGAAGUUUUGGGACAGUAUUUGGACUACUUGAGCCAAAACGACACGGCCUAUCUGGAGUACCAUCAGUGGAGGAAAGUGGUCGACUUGGUCGACUACAAAAACGACAAAUUCCCCUGCGCAUUCUGCCAGGCGGUAGUCGCCAGUCGGGAGGGCGGUGCGAACCAGGAGCUCAACCCCUGGGCGGUGCAUCACGAAAUGUUGCGGGAAAGACUAAGACAGACGGCAGCUACUGCAUCAACCUCGGUAGGUGGAGUUGUUGACAAUCUGGACGCGAACUUGCACUGUAUGGUUGACGGAUUGCUGAGAAACGGAUCUUUCUCCCACUGCCCUGCAGGAGGGCGCAGGCGACCUAUGGAUCCUUUCGUCCGGGGAAGCGACAAUGAGCAGAAAGCGGAAAAUGAAAAAGCUUCUGAACCAAGCACAGAAAUCGAUACGGAGCGCUACUGGAGUGAGCUCGACUUUGCCCGCCAGGCAAACGACGAGAUCCGCCCGGACGAAACCCGACCGGACUGGGAGUGGAGAAGACAAAGGCAAAGCACAACCGCCGCUACACAAGAAGAAGAACGACCAAUAAAGUCUUCUGAACCAUCGAGCAGCGGAGUGGUACAGAACAGCAGUAGGUUACGAGCCCAGCAAGAGCGGUUUGACCGGGCGUUCUCGACAAAAGACGCCCGCUUCCCGCAGGGUUACGCGGUGUAUGAAGAUGACAAGGAUGAAGAGCCCGAGUUUGCACGAGAAUGGGCGGUGAUGCGGGAUGAUGACUGCGUGCCGGCGGCGUGGGAUGGGGUCGAAGGGCAGGAGGACGCGGAGAUGAAGAGGGAAAAUCGUCUUAGUAGCCAGAACGAAGAUUCAUCAGAAUUGCAUGUUGAUGAUGUUGAGUAUCAGGCUACACCACUUCCAAGGAACAAACCUGAUGAGCAAGCGGGUGCUACGGGACAACAAGAAAUCAAGCGCGUAUCUUCACAAGACGAGGACGAAGAAGCAAAUUUCUAUGAAGUAGAUCAAAAUCAAUUUCCCUUU